AUGGAACAUUCAUUUAUUGAAUUGAAUGAUUUACCUGACGAAAUUCUUCUAAUUAUUCUGAAAGAUUUGCACAAUGUCAAAGUACUCUAUUCUUUAAUAGAUGUUAAUAAACGACUUAAUACAAUUGUAAAUUAUUUGAUUUCUACAAAAUAUUUAACAUUAAGGACGUUUUUCUCUGAUGGUUUAUUAUAUCGAUUUACUAAUACAAUACUUGAUCGAUUUUGUCUUCAAAUUUUAUCUAAAAUUCAUCAUAAAAUAGAAUUUUUCGAUCUUGAAUCAUCAUCUAUGGAACGUAUUCUACUUUCAGCAAAUUAUCCUAGUUUACAUGGACUUGGCUUAUAUGAUCUUGCAACAGAAACACCAAAAGAUCUCUUCACUAGUAAGAUAUGUAUUUCUCUAAUUCUUCCAAUAAAUAAUUAUUGAAAAACAUUAAAAUAUUAAAAUAAUUUAUCUGAAUAUAUACUUUUUAAUCAGAAUUUGAGUAUUAUGGAUAUUUUUUUAAUAGGAUAAUUAGAAAUAUUUUGGAUUGUCUCGAGAUAAAAUUCUUAAACACUAAUUUUCAAAACAGAAACUAUAGUAUAAAAUGAAUGAUUAAGAUAAAUAUUAAGGAAUGUUAAAGAAGAUCACAUAUAUUAUAUAUGAGAGAAUUAUUAAUAAGAGCAAAGAAAAACAAAUGCUUUAAUGAAUAAAACAAAAUGUAAUAAAUCAUCCAACAUCCCGCUUCUCUCAAAAUAGAAAGCUACGUCCGAACAAAAGUUCAUCGGCCCUAUUAGACGGUCAUACACCAAUUAAUUAAUUACAAAAUAGUGAAUUUUUUCAAAAAUAUAACUUAGUAAUUAGUUAGAUAUCGGCGUGUUUCUCAGAAACCGUUCCGUAUUCUACCAUUCACACUAUAUUUUAUAUGGAAACGGCAGUUUUUCCGUGAAAAAUUCGAAAAACAUUAAUUUAUGUUAUUAAUUAAUUAUAACUAAUUAUUAUAGUUUGAAAGAUUUUUAAGUAAUAAUUGGUCAAAAGUUGACCUCAAUAGACAGUCACCCAAAAAAGAAGCAAUGUGUAGAGACACAAUACAAGGGAUGCCUUUUAUUUUUGAGUGGAGGUUAAUACACAUUUUCAACGUUUAUUUAGAUGAAAAGGUUUUCAUUCUUUUUUUUCAAAAAUCAAAUUUCAUCACUUGCUAUUGAUAUUAAUAAAUGUGGAGAUCGAAACUCAAUCCAAGAUAUUAAUAGAUUUAUAUAUACACAAAUCUUUACUAUGUUCAGUAAUUUACAAUAUUUAAACUUUGGUCCAUCUUCUUCUGCUUAUCAUCGAUUAUCAUUUAGCUUCUCGUCUCCAAUCGUUUUCUCUUCAACUCUAUUGGGGUUACAUAUCAUAGUAGACUCAUACAAAGAUUGUCUUUAUUUGCUCGAUGGUCGUUUCAAUCAACUUCAUACGUUGUAUGCUACCAUUUAUGCUAUAGUUCCUAAGUUGUUAAUGAUCCAUAAUGAAGUAAGUUACUCAUAUAAAAAUCUUUUUUUAUUCGAAUGAAUUUUUAAUAUUUUUAUGAAUAUUGAUUAUGUACCCUUUCAUCUUCUAGAAGAAACUUCCCAAUUUAAAAUGCUUCUCGCUUAUUCAUAAUUUGAUGAUAAUUGGCUACGAUGAUUUUCUUGUUCCACUUUUACGUAGAAUGUCGAGUUUGAAAAAACUCAGUUUGUAUUUUGUCUAUCAUAAUGGACGAAUUAUGGAUGGUGAUGAGUUGAAAAGAAAUAUUUUGAAUCAUAUGACAUGAUUAAACAAAUUUACAUUUGAUAUUUGCUCAAUUAUUCCUCGUGCUAAUCAAAUUAACAUACCGUCAAAUAAAGAUAUUCAACAAACAUUCAGAAAUUUUAAAAGUAAUCAAACUAUUUCAUGUGUUAAUUAUUUUCCAGAGGCAAACGAAUAUCAUUGUCAUAUUUAAGCAUAUCCAGAGACAUUAACACAUUACCAUAACAUAACGAAUAACUUUCCUGGUGGAUUAUUUAAAUGUGUUCGUAAAGUAUCAUUAUAUGAUGAAAGUCCCUUUGAACAUGAAUUUUUUCUUCAAAUUGUCCCAUCAUUUCCAUUUAUGGAAAAAUUAACCGUGCAUAAAUCAGAAAUCACACAAGAAUGACAAUCAACAAUGGUCAAUUAUUGAAUGUCUUCAUCUUACUGAGCUUGAUCUUGUUCCAACGCAUGAAAAUUAUGUCGAAGAAUUUCUAAUCAAUAGUAAAACGCAUUUACUAAAUAAUGUUACACUUCAUAUCACUUACGAAUCUUUACAGAGAGUAGCGCACAAUUUUACAAGAGAUGCCACACGGAUUAAUUGUUCCAAAAUGUACUAUAUAGUUUUAUACAGUAAACCAGAAUCUUUUCAAUAUUCAAAAGACUAUUUUCCUAAUGCAAAAAUAGUUUGAUUAUUAUCAGCGACUAUUAGAAUAAAACUUCAAGGAAAGAAGAAAAGAAAGUUAUUUUAUAUUUUGUAGAAGAGAAGAAAAAUGUAUGUAUCUCAAAAUGAUCAUGUAUGGUUAUAGGUGACUUAUAUCUAUAAUAAUAAAGCUACUUUGGAAGAGAGGAAGAAACUUUAUCUAGUAUUAAAUUUGUUAAUCUAAUUAAGAGGGCCUCCUCAAAAAAUCAAUUUUACUAAAAAAGUUCACUUUUUGAGAUAAACAUUUAAAUAUGACUCCCGAAGUCUCUAGUUUUAAAAUUCAUGGAAGUUAAUUUCGAUUUCAUAGGAUUUCUGCAGAAGUCAUGAUGGGUUUUCGGAACUCCCAAACAAAAUGACAGCUAUGUACACUAGUUGGAAAAUCAUAAGCUCAAUUGUAGCUAUCGCG